AAGGCCGACACUCGCGUCGCGCAUCUCGGCCCGACGACAUCGCAGUCCGGUAACGCCAGGGACACGCACACACGUGUGAUCGUAGACACCCUGCUGUGUGAUCGGGUGCUCUCUUUCCCUUCUCCACUUUCCACAGCGACCGCGAAAAACGCGAAUUUCGCAAAAUUCCGCGAGAUCGCUCUCGACGAUCUCUCGAUCGCUCGAUUCAAAUUUCCUCGAUUAGGGGUUCAAAGUCGACCGGCUGAUCCUCGUCCGCGUUAAUCCGCGUUAAACCGCGACACGUGUCUCGCGCGAUAUUUGUUAUGUGUGUAGCGCGGUGGGAAGGAGGGUGAAGUGUUGACAGAUACGUAUUCGUAUAAGUGAAAGCAAGAUACAAGAAAGGAAUUGGUCUGCCUUGCGAUUGGCGCCCGACAGAUUCCUCGAUGCGCCCUUCGUCAAGGGGUGAGAGUCGCACGUGGUGGAAAUUUGACGAUCUCUGACAAGAGCUGCGCAGGUGAGCGCAGGGAGCUGCGUACGGUCGGUUAACGAGUGAAAAAGUAAGAUCCAUCGCCGACGAAUGUCUUCGCCGAGAUUGACGACAAGGACCAUGAAGAAAUCUUACUUCGUUUUCAUAUAUUUGCUGGGCCUCGUCGUGAGCGACAACAGCACUAUCGGCGAUCAUUCGAUCGCAGAAGAUGCCUCGGACAUCAGCAACACCGGCAAUAAUCCCGCGGCCGAUGCCGUAGAUCAGAGCGCUGGCUGGGGAGGAGAAACCUCACCCUGGUCACCAUGGUCGAAGUGGUCCCCAUGUACGAGGACGUGCGGUGGUGGAAUCUCACGCCAGCAGCGUCGAUGCAGACGUAAACCGUGCAAAAACAGACCCUGGAUGAUCAAAUAUAAAAUCUGCAAUCCUGAGCCCUGCGAGAAGUCGAGCGAUUUUCGCGCGGCACAAUGCGCCGCCUUCAACAAUGUGCCAUACAGCGGACAACUGCUCAAAUGGUACCCCCAUUAUGAUCCGGCCAGACCGUGCGCUUUGAUCUGCCGCGGCGAGCAAACCUUCGAGGACGGCAUUAGAAGGCGGUCGCGACAGGAAGUGCCAUCGAGCGAGGCGAUGGCAUCGCAAGAUGCCACGGAUAGUCUUCAGUACGACAAUGAUGAGACGAUAGUGGUGCAGCUGGCGGAUAAAGUCGAGGACGGCACGAGAUGUUACGCGGAGAGCACGGAUGUGUGCAUAGACGGCGAAUGUAUGAAGGUUGGCUGUGACCUUAGAGUUGGUAGUAACAAGAACACAGAUGCGUGUGGCGUGUGCGGAGGGAAUGGAUCAAGCUGCCAAUCGCGAUACUCCUGGAGUUUAGAAUCGAUAUCCGCCUGUUCCAAGUCCUGCGGUGGAGGUUUCAAGAUGGCGAUGACGGUGUGCAAAUCGGUCGGCGUCGACGAGAGUGUCGUGGAGGACAGCUAUUGCGAUGCAAACAGCCGGCCAGAGAAGACCCUGAUGCCGUGCAACACGCACCCCUGCACGACGAAAUGGUUGAGCGGAGAAUGGAGCGCAUGCAGCGCGAGCUGCGGUGGUGGGUCGAGGACGAGGUCCGUCUUCUGCAUCGAGGAGAAUGGAAACGAAACUACGAAGCUACCCGACCACAAGUGCAGCAGCACGCACGAACCGCGCACUCAGGAGACCUGCAACACCGUGUCCUGCCCGAUGUGGGAGACCGAUAAAUGGAGCGAGUGCUCCGUGACCUGUGGCACCGGAAUACGGACGAGGACGAUCGAAUGCAGAGACGGUGUUGGUGCCAUCUCCAGGGACUGCGACCCCGCGGAACGUCCUCAUACUGAACAGGAAUGCAAGACGAGCGUCGCUUGUCCCACGUAUGGAGACGGUAUGACGCAGCCCCUGGUGCAACCGUAUCCGUUAUCCCCGAUGUCAGAGAAGUUGAUGGACCAGCCGAUACCUUCCGAAUCAACGUAUGUCGCCGAGGAAUGGUCCCCCUGCAGCGUCACCUGCGGCGAGGGUAUCAGGCAUAGGGAGGUACUCUGCAAGAUAUUCCUCGAAUUUAGUCAAACCAUCGCCAAGUUGCCCGACAGCCAAUGCUCCGGCCAGAAACCCGUCGAGACGGAGAAGUGCACGAUGGAACCAUGCAGCUUACUGGAAAACAGUCUGUCCUACAGGAUCGACACGAUCGGCGACAGCGGAUACGCCGAGUCGAGUUUGACAGAUACGUAUAGUAGAUCAUCGUCGGGUAGUUCCGUCGGAAGUGGCUACGACAGCGGUAUCAAAGUCGCCCCGGGUAGCGAUGUACAGACUACAUACUCGUGGAAGGAAUCUGGUUACACCCCCUGCAGCGCCACUUGCUUAGGAGGUGUUCAGGAUCUUAUUAUAAACUGCGUGCGUGACGAUACAGGGAAAACCGUGAUGCCGCUUCUAUGCACCGCAGAAACGAAACCGGAGGCAAGGAUACGAGUUUGUAAUGAUCACCCGUGUCCACCCAGGUGGAACUAUAGCGAAUUCUCUACAUGCAUGAGCCCUUGCGGUAUUGGUAUACAGACACGUGACGUUACCUGCAUCCACGAGGUGACACACGGCACCGGCAAAGCAGUACCCGUUCCAAAUUACAUGUGUCCGCAACCACCGCCCGCCGACAGACGAUACUGCAAUGUCUGGGAUUGUCCCAUCAAGUGGAGCACAGGGGAAUGGGGCAAGUGUUCAAAAACGUGCGGCGGUGGUGUGAAGAGGCGAAACGUAGCCUGCGAGCAAAUAAUGGCGCAAGGUCACAAGCAGAGUCGUGAGGAACGCGAGUGUCCAGCUCAGAAGCCACCCAACGAGAAACCUUGCAAUACUAGAGCCUGUCAUGAUUCAGACUUAAGUGUGCUGCCAAUAAUCACUAGCUUGAACACGACGUAUAAUCAAACGGAUAUCAAUGCGAAAGUGGAUUUAAAAAUCGGCGGAAUUGCCAAGAUUUUUCAAGGGACACCUUCUAUCAAGAUUCGCUGUCCUGUCAGAAAGUUCGACAAAGCGCAGAUUGUAUGGACGAAAGACAAUAAAGAAAUACGAAAAUCAAGAAAGUACAAGAUUAGCAGGAAGGGAGCUUUAAAGAUAAUCGAUAUAGCUUCUUCGGAUUCGGGAACAUACGCCUGUAUUGCUGGAGAUUCGCACGCAGAAACGCAGUUGAUAGUGAAAUUUCGUUCCAAAGAACAGAUAAGUAGUGAGGAAUAUUUACGACUUGGCAAUUCCGUUCACCUACAACGGAACGCAAAUCUGGAUUCUGCACCAGUGAAUUCGGGCGAAAAUCCUUACACCGAUCAUGCAGCGGUUUACAGAAACCGUUUUGAUAGCGAGGACCUCAGUCAUGAACGUGCGUUUCCUAGCAAACCAACGAGAAAACCGCAAAAAAAGCAGAAAACCAGUCCCGCUCCUUCAGAUUCCACAAUGAUGCAAAAAGAACACACUGUUACCUCUUUCAAUCAGCCGGGAUAUCAUGAGUCUGUGGAAUCACCCGCUCCGUCAAGUGCUUCUGCUCUUGUGCCACACUUGAGCUACUUGAUAUCGAGCUUGAAGGCCUAUUGGCCGUUUCGCAGCGAAAUAGCCACGAGUAAUAAUCACAAGGCCACGUCAUUCGGAGAUGAACAUCAAAGAUCAGCGGCGACAAAGCACAAUAUGUCUAAUAAGAAGACCGACUCCGCGUAUCAAAAUCUUGAAGAUAACUUUGACAGUCUGUAUCGUCACACAGCUAUUCCCGACGAGACCUUUGGUCCAGAUGAGGAGCGGAUAUUUAUCGACGUCGAUCCCUACGACCUGAACGAAUCUAUAUUCGGGUUACAAAAUAGCGAUGGCGUCAAGUCAACGUCCCGUGUAAUGGAGAAAGUGGAUGCCGAGGUUAAUACGAAAUCUGAUAUUGAUUAUAUCGAGGAGUCGCUAAAAAAUGUGAAACGGCAGUGGCAGGAAUCGCGAAACGAGUACAGAGAUCAAUGGAGUACCACGCCCAAAAGUCACGUUCAGAGCAGAGUUAUGACUGAGUCCGUCACGUCUCCGCGAAAUAGUGGGAUGGACGUGUAUUACGUCGAAGAGUCCAACACGAGAAAGGAAAUGUUCAGGGAGGGGAGCAGUUUCGCUGACGAUAGUGAGAAGUCCAUCAAUCAUGACGCCUAUGGAAACUUGAGAACUAAAGAUUCAUCGAUCAUCACGUCGACAAUAAUAUCUAAAAGUCUCGAGGACCAAUUGAGAAUACCGGAAUCAGACCGCCAUAGUUCAAAUCAUGCAAACAGGACAAUUGAAUAUAGUGAUGCAUUUGAAGAGGAGUUAGAUAAGCGAAAAAUCGAACCGUACGUGGAGAAUCAUACAGAUUAUACAAUCGUACGAAUUUCGCCUAAAAAUUUGGAAAAUAGAGCAAAGGAUGACCGAUCGAUAGAUGAUUGGAGGUUGAGUGUUGUUGGGGAGAAUCCUGACGAUGAUGCAAAAAACUUAUCUCGCAAUCGAGAGGAUCAUGUUGGUUCUAUAGAGAAGAUUUCCUUAAUUAAUCUAAAAGAGACCUCUGUAGAAAAACAACGUCCGGCUGAUGAAGAUAAGACCGCAAACAUUUUGACCUCCGCUAUAAUGAAAGAAGAUAAUACAACACAGGAUCCUGCUGUGGAAGCACUCGCUGCAUUAGCUACGGACAAUGUUCUGGUGUACGAAUGGGUCACGACUGACUGGUCAAAAUGUUCUCAAACUUGCGGAGGAAGCGGAUUCCAGAUGCGAGGUGCACAGUGUACAGUACGAUCAAUGAGAUUGGACGGCGAUUCCAAGCAUAUUUCACCAGGAACUGUUAUCGGUCAAAAGUUAUGCGAGGAUGCCGGACAUCCCGUACCCCAGAAGGUGAGACCUUGCGGAACGGGCAGGUGUCCACAAUGGUACGCCACGGAUUGGACUCCGUGUGAAACGUCGAGGUGCUUUAAUUGGAAAACGGCGAUGCAGAAACGAGACGUUAGCUGUCGCUUAUUAGCGGACGAUACGGAAGAGGACGGUCAAAAGAAUGUCACGUUGUUGGAUCCGAGCAAGUGCGACGAAGCCACGAGGCCGUUACAAAGACAGGAAUGUUACAAUGAUGCUUGCAAAGGCGUCUGGAGAGUCGGCGAAUGGACUGAGUGUACUGCGUCUUGCGAAGAAGAUGGUAUUAAAUAUAGAAUUCUACAAUGUGUCUGGUUUGGCACAAAAAAACCAGCGGGAAACGCUUGUAGAGAUAUACCACGACCUCCUGUAAUGAAAACGUGCAGAGGUCCGCCUUGUCCUCAAUCUCCCGAAGAUUGCAAGGACCAUUCGCAAUUGUGCAGCAGAGUGAAAAUAAUGAACAUGUGCAAGGUGCCGUUAUACAAGAAACAGUGUUGCGCAUCAUGUCGCUAAGAACCCGAGAAAAAUUGAUAGUAAAUGACUCAUUGUGACAAAAUGAGCGAUAACGAAACAGUGCGCGUGAGACAGAGAAUGCAAAUCGUGAUUAGUCGAACAAUUACCUGACAUAUGUAAACGCACCCGGGAUGCCUGUUAGUAAAUUAUGUAACGCACAUGAAGGGAACGCGCGUAUCACUGUGGAAUAAUAUUGCACAGUUAUUAUGAUGUCUGAUUUAUAUAGAUAAAGAAUAUCCAAGAAAGAAGUUGACCAAAACUACUUCGCUGUAAUAGUUUCCUCGUCGUAUCGUCGCGAGAACUCAUUCACCUCCUUGCCUCGAAUGUUCCUCGUGUAAUAAAGAAAAAAAAAACCCGCCAAUCUUAACACAGUUUCUAACUAAUUAAAUCAUAAUUUUCUAACGUAUGUCACAUAGUUUUGAGCGAUUCUUUAUAAUUGUGCACGCUCACUUUGUCCUUGAUAAAAAAAAAAA